CGGGUGGUUCGGUAGCAGAUGGAGGGGUUUGCCGAGUGGGCUGGACCUACCCCAACACCGAGUACGAGCGGCUGCGGUUCGCCGUGUUCUGUGACCUGCAUCGCCAAGGGUUUGUCAUGACGGGCGGUAUCAAGUUCGGCGCUGACAUGCUGGCCUACCCGGGGGAUCCCUCGCUCUACCACGCGCAGUUCACGGUACGGCCGCUGCUGCCGGGCGAGGCGCUGAACCCCAUGCUGCUCAAAGCGGUGGCCCGUGGGUCACAUGCAGCACGCAAACACGUGCUGCUGGCGUUUUACGCGGAGGGCGAGGCGGCGCUCGGGAAGAGCGUGUGGUUAUCACCUUUGGGGAGCCAACUUCCGCGCAUCAAGUACCUGUCCCUGGCACCCGAGGCCGGGUUCGGCGCCAAUGCCUGAAAUAUAAACUGUUUUGCCAUGCUCGCAUGCGACAGUGAGCUGAGCAGCUAACAGCAAACAGUAAUGUCUUGGGCGACUCGGAUGUCUCUUUGCAGCCUCCUAGCGAAGGAGAGGAGAGGAGUGUCGCAACGAAACGCACCGCAAGACGACGGAGGAGGGCACUGGUAUCGUUGGUGUCCUUCCAUCUGGAGCUCAAUUGGGGGUGCCGAAGGGAUUAUGUAAACUGAGGGGAUGUGUUGCUGUCAGUGAUUGUCCCUCCGGACCUGUGGGUCUCUGGAGGAACCUAAUCACGCCAUUGACACGGCAUUAGGUGCGGUCGCACCCGUGCAAUUAGCGGUGCUCAGUUAUGGUCGGAGGAGGAGGAGAGGCAUGCGUUCGAAGGGUCGGUUUGAAUAAGGUGCACCCAACGGAGAGUUGGGCCCGUGGGGGCUUUACCGUGGUCUACUGUUAACAGUUGCGAGGUCAUGCAACGAUGCAAGCCGUCCUACAAAGGGUGGUUCUGGCAGGAACCGCUGCACGACGAGCGGGAACGCGG